CAAUAAAUUAAACGAGCAAACUAUUCUUCUUUUUUUGUUGGUUGCAAAAUAUUUGAAGUUUCAAAACAAAAUAAUAAGAAACACUUAAUUGUAUUUAUAUACAUUAGUAACAUCUUUUUUAUGUAUAUCAUUCAAUUAUUUCCCAAAUAUAUUGAAGCUAGCAAGGUCAUUUUCAGAUCAUAAGUGUGGGAAGAAGAGAAAAAGAAAAGGGUGAAAUGGUAAAAAUUAGAAUAGCAGAUCAACAAAAAAUAACAGAUUCUCCAAAGGGAGAGGUGGGAGAAAUUGACACAAGACCACCGUUUCAAUCUGUUAAAGCCGCCGUUACUUUAUUUGCUGAAGUAGCUAAGGAUCAAGACAAGGCUAACCCCAAGAAAUCCAAGCUUUCUGAGAAUGAGUUAAAUAAGGAGACUCAGCUUGUGUUGGUUCAAAGAGAAAUUGAAAAAUACAAGUUUCAAUUAGAGGCAUCCGAGACUACAAAAGCUAGAGUAAGCUCUGAGCUUGAGAAAGCAAAACUAACAUUGAAUGAGUUGGCCACCAACCUCAAAUCCGCAAAUGAAUCCAAGUUAUCAGCAAUUGAAGUUGCAGAAGCUGUGAAGCAACAGGUUAAGCAGCUUCUCGAGGUUGCGAAAUCUCAGCCGCAGUUCGGAAAUACUGCUCGAAAACAAGAAUUAGACGACGAAAGAGAGAAAUAUAUGAUCAUUGUAGCUCAACUUGAUGUUGCCAAGCAAGAACUGACCAAACUGAGACAAGAUUUUGAUGCUGCGUUGGAUGCGAAAGCCGCUUCAUUCCAACAGGCAGCGGAAGCACAGCGUUUAGCGAAUUUGAACGCGGAACGCGUUGAUAGUCUUGUUAAAGAAAUCGAAUCUAUGCAAGAAUCAAAUCGGCAAAUACAAAGUGCAUCCGCACAAGCUCAAGAACAAGCAGAAGAUGUUAGUGUUGUACCGGAGAAAGAUGAAUAUAUAGAAGCUUGUAAAGCACGUAAAGAAGAAGUUGAUAAGAAAUUGGAAUCGCUGAGGCAAGAAAAUAAUGCGGAAAUGAAUCGAAAUCUUCAAGUGAAGCUCGUCGAAACGACUGUUGGGAUCGAAACUUUGCAAGAAGAGAUGAGAAAAGCGCACGCAUUGGAAAUGAGCGCGGUCAAAUUCAUAACAACCGAGCUAAACGAAGCAACGAAGAUACUUCAAGAAAUCGUAGAGCAAGAGGGUAUGCUUCGGAACAUAGUUUCGACACUCAAUCAUGAAUUAGAACAAUUUAAGAAGCAGAAAAAUGAAUUCUAUAUGAAAGAAUUGGCAUUAGAGGAAUUAGAGCAAAGAUCAAACCUUGAGAAGUUGAUAGCAGAAACAGAAACUGCAAGAAGGGAAAUAGAAGAGAUAAACAAGGAUUGUGAUCAACUGAAGCAAGAAACCGAAAAGUGUCGAAAAAAGGCCGAAGAAGGAAAGAAAAAGCUCGAAAUUGUGGACGGAAUGGUGGAACAAGCUCAAGAACGCGAACGAAGAGGUAUGGAUGAGAUGAGAAUGUUAUCAGAAAAGAUAAAGAAAGAAAAUCAAGAUUCUGAUAAGAUAAGAAUGACAAUAGAGGAGUUUGAGAUGUUAAAAAAGAAAGUGGUGGAGUGCGACAAUGUAGCCGAAGCAAAAGAAACCGCUGCCACGAAUGAAGUUAAACGCAGCGAAGAGCGAAGAAAAGUUGCAGAGGAGAAGAUAGAGGAAAAUCUGAAAGCAAUUGAGGAAAUUGAUGAAGCAACUGAGAUAGCUUUGAGGUCAGCAGAAAUGGCAGAAGCUGCACAAAGUGUUGUUGAAGGUGAACUUAGAAGGUGGCGUCACAAAGAACCUCUUGUUAUACCUAUGAGUCCAUAGUUUAAUUAAUUAGUUUCAUUUCCUACAAGUCUUAUGUAAUGAAGGUUAUGGGGUGAGGCAAAAUUUACUCGGCAAUUUUAUGUUUUGAUGAUGAAGCAUCGAUGUAUUGUUUGCUUUAGAGUAAUGGUCCUGCCUCUUACAGAUUUAGUCGAUGUUCAUUCAUUAUCACAUUUUAUUUUUUAUUUAUCAAUAGAAUUUAUGAUGUUAAAUGA